ACAUGAACUAUAAAAUGAAGGUUGUAUAUUGGGAAAAAGAAAUCAACCGCAUGUUCCCCUUCUUCAAACAUACAAAUUUUGAAAGCGAUUUGGAUGCUGCUUUUGAAGCUGAAGAUGACAAAGCUUACCUCUUUAAAGGCAAUCAGUAUGCUUAUAUAAAUUACGAGGAGAAGACCCUCAUCAUCACUGGUACCAUAACCGAGAAAUUUUCUUGCUUGAAAGACACCAAAUUUGAAGAUGGAAUAGAAGCAGCCUUUGCUUCCAACAAGAAAGGAGAGGCUUACCUUUUUAAAGGAGAUCUCUAUACACUCGUCAACUUUGAUAACAACUGCCCUGUUGAAGUGGAUGCAAUUGGAAACAAGUGGUCCCAACUUUGGAAGCUUGGUGCCGCGCAAGAACAUGAUGUGCACCUGAACUAUUGCCUAUUUCAAGGUUGUUGCAGUUGGCAGUUGGCUCUUUUUUGGGGUGGGAUCUCGGUGGUUCUUAGAAGUAAGAUGUCGGCACUCUUACAGUUUGUUUCCGGUGUUAUGUUUCUCGUCAUAGAGAUAAAGAUGUCUGCACUUGGUUGUUUUUCUUGAGUGUUAUUUGGGUGUUUUAGUGGCUUGGAAUUUACUAGUUAAUACCCGGACAAUGCCCAGGUCCAUGAAAUAAAAAUUAAAAAAAUAAAUAAAUUUUAAUAUUUACU